AAUGUGCCUUGGUCACAUCUCAAAAUAGAAAUUUAUUCAUUCAACGUAUUGUUUAAAUUCUCUUUACUUGGCCAUAAAAGGCAUUUUAAAAAGUCAUAAAUGUGCCAUUAUAAAACGUUUAGAAACCCUGAUGAAAUGUGUCCAAAUUGCACUAGAUUUAAAGUCAUACAUAAGCUCCACGUGAGGAACAGACUACAGUUAUAUUAUUUACUAAAAAAUGUUGAUCUCCAUACACUUUCUAUAAUUUCUCCUUUUGUUUUCCAAAAGGAAAAAGAAGGGCAUAGAUAAACUGAAGACUGUCAUUUUGGUGAACUAUUUCUUUAAGAGAGACUCUUAUGAACUAUACUCUACAGUGGUUUGUUUUGCUCUGAAAAUGCAAGGGCAGGGUCCACCGUUUAUCGUCUUAUCUGUUAUCACGCUUUCAUAUUGUAGCAGGGCAGAUUAUCUAGAAAGUUAAGGUGAUCUCUAUUCUCACAAACAGAAACUCAGGCACACGAUUGCUUUAAUUCUAGUUUUACCAGUUGUACCUUAGUUGCACAGGUCCAAGGUGUAGGCGUUCUGGUUUAACCAUGUUAUGUUAACAUGUUUAGGGAUUACACAGUCAUGCAUCGCUUGAUCUGGCUGGCUAAUUGAACGUAUAGAUGAUUAGUUUGGAGUAGGCUGUUUGAUUUCUUCUUCUUAAUGGACAAGCACACAUCUUCUGUGGACAUCUGGCUUUCUCGUCUGUUUUAUGGCGGUGGGGAAGGCUCUCUGGACAGGCUCCUCCCAUCCGUCAGCACCAGCCUGUCUCCACGCAAGCGGACCACCAGCCAGUGCAAAUCAGAGCCUCCGCUGCUGCGGACCAGUAAGAGGACCAUCUACACCGCCGGACGCCCACCCUGGUACAAUGAACACGGCACCCAGUCCAAAGAUGCUUUUGUUAUCGGGCUUUGUGGAGGCAGUGCCUCAGGCAAAACAACAGUUGCUCGUAAAAUUAUCGAGGCCUUGGAUGUUCCUUGGGUGGUUCUUCUGUCAAUGGAUUCCUUCUACAAGGUUCUGACGGCCGAACAGCAGCUGCUCGCUGCUAAUAACGAUUACAACUUUGACCAUCCAGACGCCUUUGAUUUCAUCCUGCUGGUGCACACUCUCCGCAAACUCAAGCAGGGCAAGAGCGUGAAGAUCCCGGUGUAUGACUUCACCACACACGGACGGCAGAAAGUAUGGAAAACGGUGUAUGGGGCGAGCGUCAUCAUAUUUGAGGGCAUCAUGUCCUUUGCAGAUAAAGAGCUGCUGAAGCUGCUGGACAUGAAGAUCUUCGUGGACACCGAUUCUGACAUCCGGCUGGUACGGAGGCUCCGGAGGGACAUCACCGAGCGCGGCCGGGACAUCGAUGGAGUGAUCAAACAGUACAACAAGUUUGUGAAGCCAGCCUUUGAGCAGUACAUCGAGCCCACCAUGAGACUGGCAGAUAUCGUGGUGCCUCGGGGUGGCGGCAACAUGGUGGCCAUUGAUCUUAUAGUGCAGCACGUCCACAGUCAGCUGGAGGAGAGAAAGCUCCGCUGGGAUAUGGCGGCCCUGGCAUCUGCCCAUCAGGCCCAGCCCCUUCCACAGACCCUCAGUGUUCUGGAGAGUACUCCGCAGGUCCGGGGCAUGCACACCAUCAUCAGAAAUAAAGAGACCAGUCGAGACGAGUUCAUCUUCUACUCUAAGAGGUUAAUGCGGCUCCUCAUCGAGAGAGCGCUGUCCUUCCUUCCAUCUCAGGUUCACAUUGUUCAGACCCCACAGGGAGAAGAUUACGAGGGCCGGACCUUUCAUGGGAAGAGGAUUACGGGCGUGUCGAUUCUCAGGGCGGGAGAGACCAUGGAGCCCGCGCUUAGAGCCGUGUGCAAAGACGUCCGCAUCGGCAAAAUCCUCAUCCAGACCAAUCAGGACACAGGAGAGCCGGAGUUGCACUAUUUGCGUCUGCCCAAAGACAUCAGCGAGGAUCACGUGAUUCUGAUGGACUGCACCGUGUCCACCGGAGCGGCAGCCAUGAUGGCCAUCAGAGUGUUACUCGAUCAUGAUGUUCCGGAGGAUAAGAUCUUGCUGGUGUCUCUGCUGAUGGCUGAGAUGGGUGUCCAUUCUGUGGCCUACGCCUUCCCUCAGGUCAAAAUCAUCACCACCGCCGUCGACAAGAAGGUCAACGACCUGUUCCACAUCAUCCCCGGCAUAGGAAAUUUUGGGGAUCGUUAUUUUGGCACGGAUGCGCCUCCAGACUGGAGCGAUGAUGACAUGGAUGAGCCCAGCUGCUGAUCAUCAUCUCACGCCGGAUAUUUGUACAUUAUAAAAUAUUUUUAUACUUUUUGGCACUCCCCAAACUGAAAUGUUUCCUGUGCAGUUUUUAUUUGUGAAGGUUUAUUGAGGUGUUUUUUAAUGCGAGUUAUUUAAUAAUAUUUACUGUCUUCUAAGGUGUGUUAUGUUUGAUCUUGAAGCACAUGUAGUUGAUUUAUCGCCUUGCGUGUCUGCCGUCUCUUUUGGAAUCUGAUGUGUAGUAUUUUUGGCACGCGUGUGUGUGCUUUGUCAUGGCAAACAGCGUGUCAUUUUUAUUAUCGUACUCGGUUUCAUGCAGCAGUCGAGCUUUCAGAGGGUAAAGUAAGACUCAAAGCGCUGUCUUGCUACACUUAGACAGUGAAUUUCUUUGAAGGACCACUUCGUCGGAAAAAAUGUGUGGGCGCUGCAUAGUUUUAAUCUUUGUUUUCUCUCUCGCUUUACCUGCAGACGGCUGCUGACCAAACCACACGCUGUAAACAAUUACACUUUCACAACUGAGCAAUGCAUAACAGGGUUUUUUUUUUUACUAUUUUCGGAUGAUGUUGCGCUGAAUUGAAGGGUUUAUCUGUUUAUCAAACAUAAACAUGAAGGAGCAGCUCCGGUUCAAUUGUAGAUAGGAUCUGUAUUAUAGAUCAUCUGGAAUCAGCAGCCAUUCAUUUUUAGGAAAAAUGACACAUUCUGCGAUGAGGAUAACCAGUUUUUUUUUUUUUUUUUUUGCCUUUACCAUAUAUAGCUGCUUGAUGUUCGUACAAGAACAGAAGUAGCCCACAGGAAGUGUUGGUGUUUGGUAUGAAAUUCAAGCCAAUGAGCGUCGUGCUUGCUCUUAUUAAGUGAUGUCGCGCUGAUAUCUCUGUUUUCUCGUUUUUACCCCACUGAGCACUUUCAGAAAGUACCUAGCCUGGAGAAGUCAGUUCAUCAUAGAAAUAUGAUGUGAUUGUGUUUUAUUUGUUUGAUUUAUGCUGACUCACGAUAGGUAACCAAAACAAGAGAAAACAAUCCUGUACCGCAUUAUAGAAAACAAGUCGUCUUCUUUUUAAUGUUUGAUAGAAAAUGUGAACGAUAUUAUAUAAAUACGGGAGCACUGAGAUGAUGUCGAGGCCUAGUGAAUGUAUCUGCUGUGACUUUAGUCCUGCAACAGGAAUAAUAGUCUAGGAUUUAUUUAAUAUAUUAUAUUCAUUGUCAUUGCACACGUUCUGGAAUGCUUGAUUCUGAUUGGUCAGUCUGAUAUUUUUGUGCAAUGACUGCUACACUGUAUAAUUGGUGUUCUAUAUAACAGUCACUCAUAUCCACAUCUGGCAUAAUAAAUUCAUUUAAACUCAA